AUGACCGCGGUUGUGACGGCAACGGCGACGGCAACGACGACGACGACGGUGGCGACGAGUCGGGUAAUCAAGCCUGUGCGCGUCGUAUCCAAUCCCGGCUCACCGAGGACGCGAAAGUUACAGCGUGAAUCUUCCAUCAACAAAGAGGCGGAUGAGUCCAAGGUUAAACCCAUAAAAAGCCAAGAUGUGAAAAGUGUGAAGAAAGAGCAACAGACCAAUAUCGCCAAACCGGUAGUGGAAACCGUUACGAAGGUUUCCCGCGUUCGGCAACCAGUAGUGCCAAAGGGUGGCUCCAUUAUUACCGGCAGAACACCGGCAAAACCUUCCAUCGGCAGUCCCAUCCAUCGUCCGGUUGCGAAACCACUCGCCACAAAACCGUACGCUCAACGUUCGGCGACGAAAAAGCUUCAACGUGACGCCACCCGGCAGCAAGCAGAAGCUCAAACCACCAGCGGUGCCAGUGGCAGCCGCCGGAUGGUAAACCGAUGUCGAAAAUCCCACUACCGAAGGGUGAGAAAACUAACACACCACCGAGUCGUAUUCCACCGCCGAAGCGGACCACACUCCAGGCGGGAAAGCAGUCAUCCAAGCUCGGUGCAUUGAAAACGUCUCCUGAUGGUGCCCUUAAGAAGUAACGGCGCAUAGCUAGCUUCCUUUUCUCUGUCGCUCUCUUUCGCGUAAUCUUAGCUAGCUUAUCUCAUGGAUGGUAGCAAUUGAAACAAAUACUUUACUAUCUUACACACGUGCCCGGCUUGCUUAAUAGAAGGCUAUACCGUUUGCUGCUGGUCGGGAUCGGUCAGAUGAUUUAUCCAUUGGCCGGUUAGUCGGGGCCCCGUAGGGUGUUCGAUUCCUUUCU